GCAUCAUCUCACAGAUCAUGGCAGCUGCUUUUUUAGCUUUUCAUGGUGCGUCGGGUUGACUUGGUCAGUCCUUACCGCAGAUCUCAUAUCCUUGCGGAAUGGUAAAUGGAAACAGUUCAAUGAAAUCGCAAGAAAUCCGCAGUUCUUUCUCUCUUUGAACCCAAUCAAACUGAGUCAGAAGCUAAAGGUGAGGAGCCGAGAGUGGAAGGAAUCCUAGAAAGCAUUUGCACUUGCAUUUGCAUUUGCAUUUGCUUGGCAGCACAGAAGCGGAAGCGAAGUUUCCUUUUGCUUACUGCAGAGAAGGAACAAAAGCCUCCAACUCAACUCGUUAAACCAAAGCACUUGUCGUUAAGCUCUCGUCUCAGUGCGGAAUCACUCGGUUUACUCCGCUGGGGACUUCACUGUGCUGCUGUUCCAGAUCUGCUGCGGCAAUCUGUCUCCCCUCUCUCUUCUUCUGCGAGGAAAGGGCAGGAGGAAGAGGAGGAGGAGGGAGCCUAUGAGGGUUUUCUGGUUUGCUGGGUUUUUCCUGGCAAGAUGGGCUCAUGGGAACGAGUACUGGAAUGCGACCGAGUUGGAGGCUGCCUACUAUGGGGCUGGGGGCGGCAGUCCCCCUCUGCUUGUGGGUCUGACCCUCAUCCAAUCUGCGGCAGCUAAGGGUGCUGUAUGUUUGGAUGGGAGCUUACCCGGUUACCACUUGCAUCGUGGCUAUGGAUCUGGAGCGAAUAGUUGGGUUGUCAAUUUAGAGGGAGGAGGCUGGUGCAAUGACAUCAAAUCAUGUGUUUACCGAAAGAGAAGUCACCAUGGUUCAUCCUACUUCAUGGAGAAGCAGUUACAAUUUACUGGAAUACUCAGUGACAAACCUGAUGAAAAUCCUGAUUUCUAUAACUGGAACAGAGUCAAGAUUCGUUAUUGUGAUGGUGCAUCAUUUCUAGGUGAAGGAUAUAACAAGGCUGCAGGCCUUUAUUUUCGAGGGCAGCGUAUUUGGUUGGCUGCUAUGGAAGAACUGAUGUCAAAUGGAAUGCAUUAUGCCAACCAGGCUCUCCUUUCUGGAUGUUCUGCUGGUGGUCUGGCGACCAUACAACACUGUGAUGAAUUUCGAGCAUUAUUUCCAAGAAACACAAAAGUCAAGUGCCUUGCUGAUGCUGGCAUGUUUCUUGAUGUUGUUGAUGUAGCUGGUGGUCACACCAUGAGAUCCUUCUUCGGAGGUGUAGUAAGCUUGCAGGGUGCCUGGAGGAACUUGCCAAGGACAUGUACUUCCCGCAUGGAUGCGACAUCGGUAAUGUUUCUUGUGACACAGAGGUAUAUGACAAAGAUAAUGGGUACCAAUUUCCUAUGCUCAAGCUUUCUUGACCUUCCUCUGCAGUGCUUCUUCCCACAGAAUGUGAUUGAUAAUAUCCGGACUCCACUUUUUUUGGUUAACACAGCAUAUGAUGUAUGGCAGUUGCAACAAAGCUUAGCUCCCAAAACAGCUGAUCCUCACGAUUCCUGGGGAGGAUGCAAAAUGAACCAUGCAAAUUGCGAUGGAUAUCAACUCCAGUUUUUGCUAGGGUUUAGAAACCAAAUGCUUAGUGCCAUCAGAGGCUUCUCCAUGUCCAGGAAAAGUGGGCUGUUUAUAAAUUCAUGUUUUGCUCAUUGUCAAAGUGAGAGGCAGGACACAUGGUACGCGAAUAAUUCUCCACAACUCGGGUAUAAGAGAAUAGCAACGGAUGUUGGCGACUGGUUCUUCGAUCGGAGCAAAGUAAAUGCAGUAGACUGCGCAUACCCCUGCGAUAACACCUGCCAUCACAUCGUCUUCAGGGGAAGACAAUGAAUUAUUUCUUCUAUUUCAUUUCCUAUUCAUCCACCAAUUCUCACACAAUGUCAUCGCCAGCCGGCAUAGAAGAAGAAGAAGAAGAAGAAUAACAAGGACUACACCAUCAAGUGAUAUAAAUAUGCGUUAGAUUUGGAGCUUAGAACACACACCAAUUUCCCUGUCAAAUUUUGCAUGCAUUCCUCCGGAGAAUAAUUACAUUGAUUUAAACGAUCGCUAUUGUUAAGAUCUACAA